UGCUAGUUCUCUAUAAUUUCAGCCAUCCACAAGCCCUCUCCAUUUUCUAUAAAUUCAUACCCCUUCCUUCUCCCUCAUCACCAUUUCUCCCUUAUUCUUCUUGUACUCUCUCUCAUAUCAAUCAGUCCUUCAAAUGGUAGCUUCAAUGGCUAGCUCUGAGCAUUCUAAAAUGGAAAAGGAGACUACAGCAGGACAAGUUGGUGAGAUGAAGGGUGGAGGUGCUUCCGGUUCCAUGAAUGGAGAAGAAGAAUGCUGUGAGUACACUCUGGAUGGAUCAGUUGACAUCAAAGGUAGACCAGCAAUCAGAGGAAAAACUGGUGGAUGGGUAGCUGGAGCUCUUUUAUUAGUGAAUCAGGGACUGGCAACGUUGGCGUUCUUCGGGGUCGGUGUGAACUUAGUUUUGUUCCUGACAAGAGUACUACAGCAGAACAAUGCUGAUGCAGCAAACAACGUCAGUAAAUGGACAGGAACGGUGUAUAUCUUCUCCCUCGUUGGUGCCUUCCUUAGUGACUCAUACUGGGGAAGAUACAAGACUUGUGCCAUCUUCCAAGUCAUCUUUGUGUUUGGCUUGGUGCUGCUAUCCUUGUCUUCGUACCUCUUUCUACUCAAGCCCUCUGGUUGUGGAGAUGAGGACACCUUAUGUGGAUCCCACUCAGGGCUGGAGGUGGGCGUGUUCUACCUCUCGACAUACCUCAUUGCCCUUGGGAAUGGUGGCUACCAGCCCACUAUAGCCACCUUUGGGGCUGACCAGUUUGAUGAGGAGGACCGAGCGGAGGCCCACUCCAAGGUCUCAUUCUUUAGCUUCUUCUACCUGGCCCUCAACUUGGGCUCCCUCUUCUCCAACACUUUCUUAAGCUACCUCGAGGAUAAGGGCAUGUGGGCCUUGGGCUUUUGGGCCUCCGCAGGGUCAGCCUUUGUAGCCUUGGCCCUGUUCCUUGGUGGGACCCCUAGGUACCGGCACUUCAAGCCAGGUGGCAACCCCCUCACCCGGGUCUGCCAGGUCAUCGUCGCGGCGGUAAGGAAAUGGAGGGUUAGGAUGCCACCAGGCGGCGGCAAUCUGUACGAGGUUGAUGGCAAGGAGCUUGCGGCAGCUAACGGAGGCAGAAAGAUACUUCACACUAAGGGUUUCAAGUUUCUGGAUCGAGCUGCAUUUAUCGAAUUUGACGAUAAAGUAAUGCUCCAAGAUCGAUCAAUCCCUCGGAACCCAUGGCGCUUCUGCACCAUCAACCAAGUCGAAGAGGUGAAGUGCAUCCUCCGGCUGAUCCCUAUAUGGCUGACCACCAUCCUCUACUCCGUUGUCUUCACACAAAUGGCCUCCCUCUUCGUGGAACAAGGUGAUGCAAUGAGCACGACCAUUGCAGGCUUCGAAAUCCCUCCUGCAAGCAUGUCAGCCUUCGACAUCCUGAGCGUUGCGGUCUUCAUCCUCUUCUACCGUAGGCUCCUCACCCCUCUUGUGUCGAAACUCGUGAAGGACCCCAAAGGACUUACCCAGCUGCAGCGCAUGGGGAUCGGGCUCAUCAUCGCCAUAAUGGCGAUGAUUGCAGCCGGAACAGUGGAGGUAUUCAGGCUGAAGCAUGUUUGCGAAGGCUGCAAAGAUGAGAGCUCUCUAAGCAUCUUAUGGCAAAUCCCUCAGUACAUGCUGAUUGGAGCUUCCGAGGUGUUCAUGUAUGUGGGACAACUGGAGUUCUUCAACGAUCAGGUGCCGGAUGGAUUGAAGAGCUUUGGGAGUGCACUGUGCAUGACUUCGAUAUCACUAGGAAACUACGUGAGCAGUCUCCUCGUGACGAUCGUGAUGAAGAUCACCGUGGAGGAUAACCGGCCAGGGUGGAUACCAGGGAACCUCAACAAAGGGCAUAUGGAUAGAUUCUACUUUCUCUUGGCAGCCCUCACUAGUGCAGACUUUGUGGUGUAUCUGGCUUGUGCUAGAUGGUACAGUUGCAUCAAGCUAGAAGGGAGAUCUAGGGAUAUUGAUGAUGAGGAUUAUAGCGUCUAAUGUGUUCAUUUUAACAAAGUUAAGGGUCUAAAAUCAUUUAGUCAAGGGUCAUUACAUUCAAAACACUGGUUUAUAUAUAGAGAAACAGCAAAAUGGUUGGAGUCCGUUUUCUCCCAAGUUUAUUCUUGACUUAACCUUGAUCGAGGAUAAUUUUGUUAGAUAUUUGUAUCUAACGAGAUGGGUAUUGGAAGGUGAACAAGGAGAUGAAGUUUACUGCAAUGCUUCAGAGAAGCUGUAGUUAGUUUAUGGGGGGGGGGGGGGAAUGUUUUAGGUAUUGAUAUGGGUUUGUAAGGGAGGAGGGCAGGAAGAUGACAUGAUCGAUGCACUGCCUAACGCUCCAGAGUCCAAGUGAUUGUCAUGGUUAAUUUCUAAAAGGUUCUUUUGGUGUACCUAAUUAAUGAUUUGUUUCUUCAAUAAAAGUUCUUUAAUUCAAGAA